AUGUCUGAGAUACCCACCUUUCCAAAAUUUCUUAAGACUCUCUGUUCUAAUGGGAGGAAGCUAGAUGAGACAGUGCAGGUCUCUAAUGAAGUGAAUGUUAAUGCUUUCAUGAUCGGAAAUCUACCUCAUAAACUAGCUGAUCCUGAUAGUUUUAUUAUUCCCGUCACUGUUGGGAAUAUAUCUGUGGAUAGAGAUUUGUGUGACUUAGGUGCUAGUGUUAGCCUAAUGUCUUACUCCAUGUAUAAGAGACUCCGCAAUGUGAAUGAAUUGACCCCUACUAGGAUGAUAUUACAGUUGGCUGACCGUUGUAUUGUCUACCCUAAGGGAAUCCUGUCUGACGUGGCUUUAAGGAUUGAAAAACUUGUAGUACCUUGUGACUUUGUCAUUAUGGACAUACCUGAGGAUGUUAAGACCCUCAUCAUAUUAGGGAGACCAUGUCUUGCAACCGCUAAUACCCUGAUUAAUAUAGCUAGGGGAACAGGGGGAGAUAAUGCAGACGUAUUGGGAUGGGAAGACCCUUUUGAGGGUGACUAUAUUGAUGAUCUUGAAUUGUAUAAUGAGGUUAUGCAGGCAAAUGAAAUUAAGCAGGUAUCAGAGCUGAGUAAGAAGAGUUCCACACCUUCUGAGGUAGAAUUGAAAACUCUCCCUUCUAGUCUGAAAUAUGCUUUCUUAGGUGCUAACUCUACCUAUCCUAUCAUCGUCAAUAGUGAACUCAAUGGCGCUGAUUUAGACCGCUUGGUCAACCUUGUUCGAAAACAUGGAAAAGCCAUUGGGUACACCAUUGAUGACAUAAAGAAAAUCAAUCCUUCUAUAUGCACCUAUAGGAUAAACCUGGAGCCCGAUGCCGCUCCUUCCAUAGAGGGACAGAGGAGACUCAAUCCCAAUAUAAAGGAGGAAGUUAAGAAAGAGGUUUUGAAAUUGUUGAAUGCGGGGAUCAUCUACCCUAUCUCUGAUAGUAAGUGGGUGUACCCAGUGCAGGUUGUCCCUAAAAAGGGCGGUAUGACUGUCAUAGAGAAUGGUAAGAAUGAACUGAUACCCACAAGAACAGUCAUAGGGUGGCGCAUGUGCAUUGACUACAAGAAGCUGAAUAAAGCCACCCAAAAAGACCAUUAUCCACUCCCCUUUGUAGACCAGAUGUUGGAACGACUAGCUAAUCAUUCCCAUUUUUGCUACUUAGAUGGAUACUCUAGAUUUUCCCAGAUCCCUAUCCAUCCUGAUGAUCGGGAGAAGACCACGUUUACUUGCCCUUAUGUCUGUAUGGAUGAUUUCUUCGUAUAUGGCAACUCUUUCGAUGAUUGCUUAGCCAAUUUGGAGAGAGUGCUUGUUAGAUGCGAAGAAGUCAACUUAGUUUUGAACUGGGAAAAGUGUCAUUUUAUGGUACAAAAAGGGAUUAUGCUGGGUCAUACGGUGUCAAGUCACGAUAUUGAGGUCGAUAGGGCCAAGGUAGAGGUUAUUGAAAAACUACCCCCUCUAGUCAAUGUGAAGGGGAUUCGCACUUAUCUCAGCACCGAUAAUUUAGCCCCCAGAUUGGAGUUUGCCCUUCGAGCUUAUGUGCAUGCUAGUGAUCAUGCGGUAGGGGGAGUGCUGGGGCAAAAGAAGGAUGGAAAGUUGCACGCCAUCUACUAUGCUAGUAAAACUUUGAAUGAGGCACAGAUAAUCGAUAAAAAGGGAGCAGAGAAAUCAAUGGCCGAUCAUCUAUCCAGGCUUGUUUUAGAUGAGGUGUCAGACGGCAUGUUGUGCCAUUGCGUUCCUGAGGUUGAGGCCUAUGUUAAGACUUGUGAUCGUUGCCAACGAGUUGGCAAUCUACCUAAGGCUAAUGCUAUGCCUAUGGCCCCAAUUUUAGCUGUUGAUAUUUUUGAUGUGUGGGACAUUGAUUUUCAGGGUCCUUACCCUUCAUCCUUUGGAAACAAGUAUAUUUUGGUUGCUGUUGAUUAUGUUUCCAAGUGGGUGGAGGUCGUAGCCACUAAGACUAAUGAUGGGUAG